AUGUCAAAAAUUGGUCAGCCGACGAAGACUCCAGAUCUCUAUGACAAGCCACCACCAUCAGCAGCAGUAAACGAUCAACUCUAUGACCAGCCGCCAAAGGCCGCCGAAGUGAACUACGACGAAAUAGCGCCAGGUCCGAAAUGCAAAAUCGAGGUUAGCAGUGGUGUAAUGCUCGCUGAUUAUACUCCAAAAGAAAUAAGGAAACCCACACCAAAAGCCGAUGAAACUCAAUUAAGUCAAGUAACGAGUGAGGUGUCAGCACACCAAUUAUGCGAAUAUGAGAAAGAUGAGAUCAUUGGUAGUGAGAUGAUGUCGUUCAUGGGAAGCGAACCUCCCCCAAAACCGAAAAAGUGCGUGAAGGUAAAGAGCAAGUGUGGCAUCGUAUCUUCGGCUAUUCUGACGCUUCUGACUCUUGUGCUUGCUAUAGUCACUUCAAUGGCGGCUUUUUGUCAAUUAGAGGAGACGAUUCCAGAAGAAUAUCCGUGGUUCUAA